CCAUGAGUAAGCAAAAUCACCCCACGCUAUAAAAAGAGAAGGCAACUAUCCACCAAGAUUUAUACCAGCUGUAGCUCUCAUACUGCUCGACAUCAUUUAAAGGAAAGAAAUGAAGUGCACCACCGUCUUUCUGGUGCUGUCGAUGGUGGUCCUCAUGGCUGAACCUGGGGACGCUUUCUUUGGCCACAUCUUCAGCGGGCUUAUUAGCGUUGGCAAACAUAUCCAUGGACUCAUCACCGGGAGAAACCAUGGGGAGCAGGAAGCGAUGAAGGAAGCGAUGAGGGAACAGGAAGUGAUGGACCAACAAGCGUUUGACCGAGAGCGAGCGUUUGCCUGAGUCUACGAUGUUGAACUACGCUUAACAUUUUGAAAAUGAAUCGCUUUUUAUCUAAUAAUGACAAAUGAAAUUGAAUAAAUGUAAUUUGGAAUAAAUCUUCUUUCUUAUGCAGCAAG